GGUGACAUGGUGAUGGCCACCGUCAAGAAGGGCAAGCCGGAGCUGAGGAAGAAGGUCCACCCGGCAGUGGUCAUCCGGCAGCGGAAGUCGUACCGGAGGAAAGACGGAGUGUUCCUCUAUUUCGAAGACAACGCGGGAGUGAUUGUGAAUAACAAAGGCGAAAUGAAAGGCUCUGCAAUCACAGGCCCUGUGGCCAAGGAGUGUGCGGAUCUGUGGCCUAGGAUCGCCUCCAACGCAGGGAGCAUCGCGUAA